AUGGCAGAAGACUCAUCUAAUUCCAAUACUGCUCCCUCUGGUGCUGCCGCAUCUUCGUCCACUGGAGACAGCGGAGGAGCGUCUGGACCCCCGAAGAAAAAGAGAAUGUUCAGCAAAGAAUUACGUGCUAUGAUGUAUGGCUUUGGAGAUGAUAGCAGUCCUUACGUGGAAACCGUUGAGCUAAUCGAGGACCUUGUGGUGGACUUUAUCGGAGAUGUAACGCAGAAGUCAGUGUCAGUUGGGAAACGGGGCACCGUUCGUGUAGAAGACUUAAACUACGUGAUUAGGAACGACGUCAAGAAAUCUGCAAGAGUCAGGGACUUGUUGAUGAUGAAUGAGGAAUUGAGAAGAGCAAAGAAGAAGUUCGAGGACUACAGCUACUAG